AUGAUGAUGGAGAAGAUAACAUCGAACCAAAAUUCUAUUUCUGACUUUGAAUCUUCAAUAAUUUCAAAUACAAGUGUGAACAAUGCUAAUCGUUCUAUUAAUGGAAAACGGGCUAGGAAAUCAAAAGAUACACUAAAAAAUCUCCAAACAAGUCAUGGAUCAAAAUUAAAUACAAAACAUGAUAGACAUAAUUCAAUGUCGGCUUAUGAAAGUCAUACUUCUUUUGAAUCUACUAAUACUAAAACAUCAAAAACAUAUGCAUCAAAACUAACUAGUAAAGAAGCUGAAAAUUUUCGUCAACGUAUUGAAAAUGAAUAUGAUGACUUACAGAGAAGUGAAAUAAAUUAUUAUUAUUAUAUAAAUGAUCAGUCUGCGAUGUUACGCGCACGUAAUGUACUUAAACAAGCCAUUGAUGGAACCUUUUUUGUUCGGUCAGCUGAAGAAAGUGAACGAACUUCGAAUAUUGAAUAUUAUCUUGAUUUUGUUUCUCACAAAAAAAUUGUCGAAGUACCAAUUUGUUGUGAUAAGGAACAUCGAACAUUUUGGUUUCUUUCCGAUGACUCAUUAAUAAGUCUUGUGUUUUUACUUUAUACAGAAUGUGGUCAUGGUUCUGAAGUAAGACGAGUAUAUACUGGUAUCGAUGUACUCAUUCGACAUAAACAAGAAAAUCAAUUUUAUGAAUUACAAUAUCCAAUUCGAAUUUGUCUAUACCGAUCAAUUGAACCAACAAUCACUACGUGUGUUCCACUACCUGAUGAAGUUCGUGCCAUGAGUUGUCAAAAUACCAUUCUUCAUGUAUUAGCUACGAAAGAUUUAUUAUCAUACUUUAAGGAACUUAUUAGAAUAUCGAAAAAUGAUCUUGAUCCUCUACGAAAAAAAGCUUUGUUUAUAGUAAAUAAAAUAAAUGGAAAAAAUAAACAAGGUCAAACACCAUUAAUAUUAGCCAUUCUUUCCAAAAAGUAUGUCUUUGUUGAAGAUCUUCUUGACAACAAAGCUAAUAUUAAUAUAACCGAUACAGAAGGUUGUUCACCAUUACAUUAUGCAUGUCGACAAGGUAUUCCUACGAUAGUAAAGAAGUUAAUUGACCGACAAGCUGAUCCACAUUAUAUUAAUCCAAGUGAUUUUGGUUUAUCACGUCGUGAAGGUGAAAAACUUGAAGCUAAUGAUUGUAUUGUAUUAGCACUUUGA